CGUCGGUAUCACUCAGAAAGCAGUCCUAUACUCGGCCCCUUAGCACCGUCCAACAUCAAUAUAGCAAGCAGUGCUACCCUCGGUCAUUCAGCAGCGUCGGUAUCACUCAGCAAGCAGUACCACAUUCGGCCCUCCCAUAGCGCCGAGUGCCAAAUGUUGUUUUUCUCAGCAACAUACGAUAAAGAAGUUAUGGACUUUGCUCGCCUAAUUGUAGUAGAUCCCACUAUAAUAAGAUUGUUGCGAGAAGAGGAGUCGCUUGAUAAUAUCAAGCAGUUUUAUGUAAAAUGUAAAAACGAGGAAGGGAAAUAUAACGCUAUUCAAAAUAUCUACGGUUGCAUAAGCAUUGGCCAAGCUAUUAUAUUUUGUCAUACGCGCAGAACUGCUGCUUGGCUUGCAGCAAAAAUGACCUCGGAUGGACAUUCUGUUGCUGUGCUUUCUGGAGAUUUGACAGUUGAGCAAAGACUUGCUGUUUUGGAUCGUUUCCGUUCUGGUCUUGAAAAAGUACUUAUAACCACAAAUGUUUUAUCAAGAGGCAUUGACAUUGAGCAAGUUACAAUUGUCGUCAACUUUGAUUUGCCGGUGGAUGUGCGAGGCAACGCUGACUGCGAAACAUAUUUACAUCGAAUAGGCCGCACCGGACGAUUUGGUAUGUACUUUAAUUCUGCAACUAUUGGAAAGCGUCUGAGUGCCAAGGGUGGUACGGAACCGUCGAUGUGGCCCAUUCGGAAUGUUUUAAAAUUCAUUUGCGCUCAGACGAUCGAGUUCUUCUUCAAAUGGUUUUUUACCAUGAAUUCCUUCGAUACGAAUUCCCAGAGGUUCGAUCCAAUAACAACCUAA